AACGCACCUCUCGGUUGUCAAUAGUCACCGUGCAUGUGGAUCAGCCGUAUGAUUUCCUGUUUUACGGCACAAAUCAACCCGUCUUGUGAGCCUGUCGCUUUAUCCAACCAAGAUCCGAUUGUCUGCAGUCAAAUGAACAACAAAACCAGUAAAUAAUGGCUCAUUUAACUGAAAACCCUGCCGACAAAGAGAGGUUCAUCUGCCUGUAUCCGGUCUACAUCAACAGUAAGAAGACUUUGGCUGAGGGAAGAAGAAUCCCCACAGAAAAGGCUGUGGAGAAUCCAUCCUGCACUGAGAUCAGAGACGUCCUGACAGCCGCUGGGCUUAAUGUUUAUUUGGAGAACAAGAUGCACCCCAGGGAGUGGAACAGGGACGUCCAGUUCAGAGGCCGAGUCAGAGUCCAGAUCAAGCAGGCGGACGGGAGCUUGUGUCAGGAGAAAUUCACCUCCCGUAAAGACGUGAUGUUCUACGUAGCAGAGAUGAUUCCUAAACUAAAGACUCGGACCCAGAAGAGUGGCGGAGGAGAAACAAGCUCUCAGCAGGGAGAAGGAGGAAAGAAGAGCAAGAAAAAGAAGAAGUAGAACCACAGAUGUAGACUUUUUUUUUUUUUCAAAUACAUUUUUAAUUUUAGGUCAUCGUGUGUGUCGGCCAGAAUCAAACCCUGAGCGUACACAGGAGAUGUUUUUGUUUUUUAAGGGUUUGAUGACACUGUGACCUCAGAACUGAUUCAACUGUAGGCUUACCGAAGUGAAACAUCCGUUCUCCUUUAUUUCUUCAUAUAUUUUGACCUCACUGGCUGAUUGGAGAUCUGUGGAAGCUGCACACAGCUCAUCAUGUAGUUUCUAAAAACUCCUCCAGCAGCAGAAGCAGAGAAAGGAACUGAUUUCUGUUAUAUUAAAAAACAAGAUUACAUCAUUGUUUUUCCAUCAAAACAAGAUGAAUAAAUAGUUCAUUUUCUCA